UCCAAAUACACAAGAUGGCAGAUAAUGACGAUAACAGCUGUUUUUUUUUGAUUCAAGAUGAAAAAAAAGGAAAAAUGAAUGAAAGAAACUGAUUUCACGAUGAGUUAUGAUUUUGAAUUAAUUGAAUUUUUAUUUCUACAACAAACUCGUCUCAAUGUAUUGAUACCAUUUAUCCGUCUCAUACUUAAAUGGAGAAUACAUCAAAUUGUCAAUAAUGAUGAUGAAGAUGGAAACAAAAAGAUUGAAUGUUUGAAUGAUGUACAGAAACAAUUACUUUCAUAUACAAUACUAAACAAACGACUUGAAAAAUAUCCACUGCCUUUGAAUUAUAUACGACAAUAUUUAAAACAAUUGAUUCGAAUUUUUGAACAAAUUUUCGAUACUGAUUGCCUUCUGGAUGAAAUCUAUCCAAUAUAUGCUGAUUUAAUAAGCAUCAAAACACAACAAAUUGAUCGAUCAUAUCAUCAAGAUUUAAAUGAAAAUGGUAUUGAUCUUUUGGAUCGUUUAUGUCGAUUGUUUGAAAACGAUACAAACAUUGGUUUUGUCACACAUGUAUUCGAUAUGUUUCGAUUGUCGAUAAUUGAAACGAAUAAAAUUGUUAAAUCUGGUACCACUGGUUUAAGAACAUGGCCAGCAGCUGUUCAUCUAUUGAAUUAUCUACGAAUACCGGAAAAUUAUCAGAAUGUUCAAUGGAAUCGUCCAAAUGCCUGGCAUAAUGUUGUUGAAUUAGGCUCUGGAUCUGGAUUAUUGGGAGUUGGCCUUAUCAAAUCUGGUUUCAUUAAUAACGGUCAUUAUAUAUUCACUGAUCAUAAUCAGGCCGUAUUGAAACACAUUGAAUUGAAUUUAUUCAUCAAUGAUAUUAAUCAAAAGACAAACAAUAAUGUCCAAGUAGUCAUACAGAAACUUGAUUGGAUUGAUUAUCAAUUUUUUGAUUUUUCUGCUUCCAUUAGUGAUCUGAUAAUUGCUUCUGAUGUAAUAUAUGACCCAAAUUUUAUCGAACCAUUCAUACAAACAUUGAGAACAAUGUUCAAUGUUUAUAAAAAUGCCGAUUCAUUACGACGUGAUCCUGAUUGCAUCAUAUGUUGUGCUAUACGUAACCCAAAAAUAUUAGAUAUUUUUCAACAAAAAUUAGAACAAUGUAAUCUAGAAUGGCGUCAAUUGAAUCGUAUCGAACGGCCACUUUGGGUUAAUAGAAUACAGAAACAUGUUGAUAGCAUGUCCAAUGAUAUUGUUAUUGAUGAAAAUUUUGAUUCCAUAUUUAAAACACAUGAUGAUAAUGUUCCAUCGAUUGUAUUUAAGAUUAAUGCUAAACAUUGACCAUUGAUAAUAAUUUAUCAAUAAAUAUUUUUGACUGCCAAAAAUGGCAUUUUACAUUUAAA